AUGGCCGCUGAUACUCAUAGUCCGAGUCCCAAGGGGCUGCUCUGUAAUGCCGGAGCUGGUGCCGCCGCCGGAAUGAUUGCAGCCACUUUUGUGUGUCCUUUGGAUGUUAUAAAGACUAGAUUACAGGUCCAUGGGCUGCCACAGCUCGUUAAUGCUAAUAUGAAAGGGAGUAUUAUAGUUGGGAGUUUAGAACAGAUAUUCCAGAAGGAGGGUUUGCGUGGAAUGUAUCGUGGACUCUCCCCUACGAUGCUGGCACUGCUUCCGAAUUGGGCAGUGUAUUUCACUAUUUAUGAGCAAUUAAAAAGUUAUCUUGGAGCUGAUGAUGUAAAUCAUCAGCUCUCUAUUGGUGCCAAUAUGAUAGCUGCUUCUGGAGCUGGAGCGGCAACAGCUAUUGCCACAAAUCCUCUAUGGGUUGUCAAGACAAGACUUCAGACACAAGGAAUGAGAACCAGUAUAAUGCCAUACAGGAGCACUUUAUCUGCCUUAAGGAGAAUUGCUCAUGAAGAGGGUAUUCGUGGAUUGUAUAGUGGUCUUGUGCCAGCUUUGGCCGGUAUCAGUCACGUUGCCAUCCAAUUUCCAACCUAUGAGAAGAUUAAAAUUUACUUGGCUGAUCGGGAUAACACCACAAUGGAUAAACUCAGUGCAAGUGAUGUUGCUGUUGCCUCGUCAGUUUCUAAAAUAUUUGCUUCCACAUUGACGUAUCCGCAUGAGGUUGUUCGCUCGAGGCUUCAAGAACAAGGCCACCACUCUGAGAAGCGUUAUUCUGGUGCAGUCGACUGCAUAAAGAAAGUUUUUCAACAAGAAGGCAUUCCUGGGUUCUAUCGGGGGUGUGCCACCAACCUUCUUAGGACAACACCUGCUGCCGUAAUCACAUUUACCAGUUUUGAGAUGAUUCAUCGGUCUCUCGUUACUUUCUUCUUCCCUGAUCCACACCCUCAACCGUUGUGA